AUGCGUUGUUUGGCAUUAUGGCUGAGGAAACACACACCAAAUGUCCGAAUUUUAGCCCAUCAAAAUCUCAGAAACUACUACAAGCACCAUGAUCGCCACCGCGCCGGCACCGGCGCCGGCGACCCAGCCUUUCUGGCAUCGACGGUGCUGCUCGUCGGAUCGGCAUUCGGCCUCCACACGAUCUACGGUGGAGAUUCAUCCGUAUCGUAUGCAGAUUCCGGAAGCCAAUUGAAGAUGCAGCCGGAGAAGAAGCCGAUUUACUUAUUCAAAGAUUCUUACCGGAGAAAGGUUUUCUUCAAAUACGAGAAACGGAUUCGCACGCAAAGUCCUCCGGAGAAGGUUUUCGAAUAUUUCGCAUCUUUCCACACGCCGUCAGGAGAAACUUACAUGACGCCCGCCGACUUGAUGCGGGCCGUCGUCCCGGUGUUUCCGCCGUCGGAGACGGGCGCCGUACGCGGAGGAUUUCUUAAAGGCGAGCUCGUCGCAACCGACCUACAUUGUCCUCCUUCCGACUUUUUCAUGUUGUUCGAUACCAACAACGACGGCCUCAUCUCAUUUCCGGAGUACAUAUUCUUCGUGACGCUGCUAAGUAUUCCCGAAUCGAGCUUCUCCGUAGCGUUCAAAAUGUUCGACCUAGACGGAGACGGCGGCAUCGACAAGGACGAGUUCAAGAAAGUAAUGUCGCUAAUGCGCAGCCAAAAUCGACAAGGAAAAACUCACCGGGACGGUAAGCGAAUCGGGCUGAAGGUCAGUUCGGGAUCCAUCGAGGACGGUGGCCUCGUGCAACUCUUCUUCGGGAAAGACGGGAAGGAUCGACUCAGCCACAACCGAUUCGUCGAGUUCUUGCGAGACCUACGCGACGAGAUGCUCCGGUUAGAAUUCGCUCACUAUGAUCACAAGUCGAAAGGGAUGAUCUCCGGCAAGGACUUCGUUCUAUCGAUGGUGGCGUCGGCGAACAUCCGCUACAUCGACAAGUUCCUCGACCUCGUCGACGAUUUAGACGGCGAGCCGUCGCUGAGAGACUUGUCGAUCACGUACGAAGAGUUCAAGAACUUCGCCGAGCUACGGCGACGGUUGGAGCCCUUCUCGAUUGCGCUCUUCAGCUACGGGAAAGUGAACGGUUUGCUCUCGAAGAAGGACUUCAAACGAGCGGCUAAACAAGUCUGCGGCAUCAGCCUCACCGACAGAGUCAUCGACCUGGUGUUCUUCGUCUUCGAUACAAACCGCGACGGGAGUCUGAGCUCCGAUGAGUUCCUUAGAGUGCUAGAGCGACGCUCGGGCGAAGUCUCGCCUGCCCGCGAAGCCGGUUUACGAGGCGUCGUAUCGUGUUGGCUCGAUUGCACCGUCAACUGUUCUUCGAAGAAGCUGUCUAUGAUUCAAGGUUGA